AUGGGUUCUCUCCAUUCGAGUCUCGUGAUCCAAUUUCUGGCUGCUUCUUCACCUCAAGUUCAGAUGAACUUUUCAGGGUUCAUUUCUGUUUCAGUAAAUCGAGUGCAAACCAGCUUGGCCCAUACGUUCCAGCGCUGUGACAUGAAAUCCCUUUUAAGCAAGUUGCUAAGGCUGGCGGUAUUGGGCUUGGCAACAUUUGACUACUUAACAUUUGCCCUAGUUUGCGAAAUUGGAAUAGACACGUCGUGGAUGACUUUACACUUGUUUAAUAAUCAUCUUACCGGCUGGAGCUCGAGCCAGAGUUCUUUACGCUGCCGCUUCCAAAAGUUCACCUGUCCUCAUCUUUGCCUCGCGCUCAUGGAGGGCCUCCGUUCUAAAAAAAAUGAUUAA